AUGUCAGACGUAGAGGUUGAAAUUCCAACAACGUUCAAAAAGAGAACUUUAAAGAACAGAGGUGGAAGAAAGCGAAAAACAUCCAGCUCAGAAGAAAAAAACAGUUCAGACUCAGAAGAACAGACAGUGGUGUUACCGGCAAAGAGGCAACAAAAAGCAAACCCAAACAUACAGUCUACAGCAGGUUCAAAAAGACAAAAACCUGAGAUUGACGUGAGCAAUGACAGUAGUAGUGAUGAGGACAAGAUAUCAAAGUCACGGACAACGCUAUCAGUACAACAGCAGAGGGAGAAUGCAACUGCCACAUAUGAGUUGGAUACUGAGAGGGACAAAGAUGCACAAGCUAUCUUUGAGAAGGCCCAGAAGAUUAAUGAGGAUUUGCAGGGCCAAGCAGAUGAUAAGGUAUACCGCGGUAUAAAUAACUAUGCGCAGUAUUACAAGAAGCGCGACACAGCCGCUGGAAACGCCAGCUCGGGUAUGGUGAGAAAAGGGCCUAUAAGGGCACCGGCCAACUUGAGAGCUACUGUCAGAUGGGACUACCAACCUGACAUAUGCAAGGAUUACAAAGAAACUGGCUUCUGUGGCUUCGGAGACUCCUGCAAGUUCCUGCACGACCGUUCCGACUACAAGCACGGCUGGCAGCUGGAGAGGGAGGAGGCGGAGGGGGGAGGGAACAGGGGGGCGGGGGGCGGGGACUCCGACUACGAGAUCCACAGCGACGAGGAGCUGCCCUUCAAAUGCUUCAUUUGCCGCGAGAGCUUCACCGACCCAGUUGUGACCAAAUGCAAGCACUACUUCUGCGAGAAAUGCGCCCUGCAGAACUACAAGAAGUCGACACGUUGCUACAUUUGCAACACGCAGACCAGCGGCAUGUUCAACCCCGCCAAGGAGCUGGAAGCGAAGCUCAAGAGCAGGGAAGCAAUGGCGGACAGCGAUACUGAUGACGACGGCGAC